AUGGUGAAUAGAUGCUUUAAGUUCAUAAAACCAUCAUCAAAAUGGAAAACUAUUUCCUUUUCAACACAUUCUUUACCAAAACUUGAUCUUUUUUGCCAUUUUUCUUCACAAACACCCACCAAGAUUCCAAACCCACAUGGCGGAAGUUACUCAAAGAAAGAGCAAACUCUUCUUUCUAUGUUCAAGAAAGCUUGCACCAAGAAAGACAUUGAACAACUCCAUGCUCAUGUGGUUCAAACUGGUUUUACUCAAAACCUGUUUGUCGUGGGUAAGAUCAUCGUGUCGUGUGCUGUAUCAAAUGAGGGUUCUAUGGAUUAUGCUAUUUCCGUAUUCGAAAAGAUUGAGAACCCAGAUGGGUUUCUUUGGAACACGAUGAUUAGAGGGUUUGCGAGGAUGAAUCAAGUAGACAAAACGUUCUGUUAUUAUAAGAAAAUGCUCGACCAUGGAGGUGUUGCUGACAAUUUCACUCUUUCGUUCUUGCUUAAAGCUAGUGGUCAAUCUGGAUCUGUUUUUCUGGGGAAACAGAUUCAUUGCAGCGUCAUAAAACACGGCCUUGAAAAUCAUGUUUUUGUCCGGAACACCUUGAUUCACAUGUACGGAGCUCUAAAAAGCGUUCAGGUUGCACGCCAGUUGUUCGAUGAAAUGCCUGAACCAGACUUAGUCGCUUGGAACACCAUAAUUGAUUGCCAUGUUUGUUGCGGGAAACACAAAGAAGCACUUGACUUAUUUUCCCGUAUGCAGGAAGCCCACAUAAAACCAGAUGAUGCCACCCUCGUUGUCAUCCUAUCAGCUUGUGCCACACUAGGAGCAUUAGACCUCGGGACAUGGGUUCACUCCAUUAUCAAAACUCGCUUAUUAAUGAACGACAUAUCAAUUGUGAACUCAUUGAUUCAUAUGUACACAAGAUGUGGAGAACUUGAAGAAGCACAAACGAUCUUCACUAAAACAAACAAUAAAAACAUAGUAACAUGGAACACAAUGAUAUUAGGGCUCGCAACACAUGGUCAUGUCCAAGAAGCAAUAAACAUAUUUUCACUAAUGAUAAACAAAAAACUCGCUCUACCCAAUGAUAUAACUUUCUUAGGCGUCCUAAGUGCUUGCAGCCAUGGAGGAAUGAUCGAAAAAGGAAGACAAAUUUUCAAUAAAAUGAUCAAAGAAUACCACAUAACCCCAACAAUAAAGCAUUAUGGGUGCAUGGUUGACAUGUUAUGUAGAGCUGGAUUAGUCGUUGAAGCUUACGAAUUAGUUCAAAAUAUGCCGAUGGAAUGCAAUUCCAUCAUCUGGAGGACAAUUUUGGCUGGUUCCCGAGUUCACGGGAAUGCAAAAUUAGCCGAGAUUGUGAGACAGAAUCUUUUGGAAGUCGAAGAUCAUAGUAGUGACUAUGUUCUUCUUGCUAAUACUUAUGCAAGUUUAGAAGAUUGGAAUCAAGUAUCGAGAGUAAGACGAUUGAUGAUAGAUAAUGGAGUUCAAAAACCGAACCCCGGUAAUAGUUUUCAUAUCCACAAUGGGAAUGGAAUCGGUUUAUUUUGUUAUGACUAG